AUGAAUUUCGAUCAUCAACAAGAUGAUUAUCGUACUGUCCGGUGUUCAACAGAUAAUAAUGGUAUUCUUAUUGUUGAUAAAUCUGAUAUGAUAUAUACAAAAUUUCCUAUAAAUUGUCAAUGGUUAAUUGCAAGUUCUCCUCAUCAAAAAAUUCUUAUUGAAUUUGAUUAUGUAUUUAUUCCAAUUUCAACGAAAGAAUAUUUACAUACAGGGUGUCAUCGAGGAUCGAUUAGUUUAUGGACAGUAGGAUUACAACAUGAAAAAAUAGAAAUUUGCGGUGAUCAGCGUAAUAUACAUAUUGGUGGAAUUGGACAAAUAUUAAUGAUUGAACUUCGUAUUACUGAUUCAACACUUGAUGUCAACUUUCGUAUGAAAUAUCAAUUAAUUGAAAUUUUACAGAGACCAACUACAUCACCAACAACUACAUUGAAAUCAACUACUUUGUCUAUAGAAAAACAUGUAAAUAUUCAAACUUCUUUAUUCUCAGAAUGUGGUUUAACAUGGACAAAUGCAAAUCAUUAUUAUCGUGAAAUAAAAAGUCGUAUUGUUGGUGGUCGACAAGCUAUACCCUAUAGUCAUCCAUGGCAAGUUCUUCUAAAUAAUCGUGGUCAUUAUUGUGGAGCAAGUAUUCUCAAUACAAAAUGGCUAGUAACUGCUGCACAUUGCGUAAACGGGACAAAUCCUGAAAGUUUAUUGGCAGAAUUUGGUAUGCAUGAUCGACAUCGAAGAGGUCCUUGGCGCGUUGCUAGAACAAUUAAACAAAUUCUAGUCUAUCCUUCCUACAGUGGAAAAUCAACUCGAUGGGUGCAUGAUCUUGCUUUACUUCGAUUAUCUGAACCGCUUCUAUUCAAUCCAUUUAUUCGAUCUAUUUGUUUACCAUCUGUACAUGAUAUUAUUAAAUAUGGUGAACGAACAUUAGUUACUGGUUGGGGUUCAACACAAGGUACGGGUGAUUAUCGAUAUUUACGUGAAGUUGAAGUACCUAUUCAAUCAAACGAUCAAUGCGCAUUGAAAUCAAUUAGUUGGAAAACUAGUCUCUGUGCUGGUUUAUGUGAAAAUGCAACAUGUGCUGCUUGUCAAGGUGAUUCAGGCGGUCCUAUGAUUAUAUGGCGUAAUGAUCGAUGGCAUUUAGUUGGUUUAAUUUCAUGGGGUUUUAGUUGUGCUGGUCUUGGUGUAUACACAAAAAUUUCUUAUUAUUCCGAAUGGAUUUUGAAAAUAAUCUCUAAUUGA